AUGUCAAAUUCCGUGAAAUUUGUCGUUGAUGAUGUGUUUCAAUCGUAGAAUUGAAAAAUAAAUUACAUUAAUUAAACUUUUAUUAUGUCGUGUUUUUAGUUUUGAUUAAAUCUCAGUAGAAAACAUGAAUUUCAACGCUUCAAGGAAUGUGGGUCACCCCAGUGGUCCCCGAAAAGCAAAACGUGUGAGUGAUGUAUCAGCAAUGGGGUCUCCGACACCAGCUCAACCAUUUGCCGCACCUGGUGCUUACGAUCAAGGCUUUGCCCCGGCAGGACCUCCCCCUCCAUACCAGCAAGGAAUUCAACUGGACACCAAUCAGGACUUUCAUUCCUCUCCGACACCUGGAAAUUUUGGCUACAUGGGUGGAUUCCCUCCCAACAUGCCAGCAACAGCAAAUAUUGGUUCUAUGAUCCAACAGCCUGUUAUACAGGACAUGGCGCUGCAGUACGGCAACGCGCUGGCGGCGCAGGGCCGGGAGGCGGUGUCGCGCGAGCUGGGCCGCUUCGUGCCGGUGUCGCGGCUGCGGUACUACUUCGCCGUGGACACACGAUAUGUGCUCCGGAAGCUGAUCCUCAUACUCUUCCCCUACACGCAUAAGGAGUGGAUGGUGAAGUACGACCAGGAGACACCCGUGCAGCCGCGCUACGACGUGAACGCGCCCGACCUCUACUUGCCCGCUAUGGGCUACGUCACCUACGUGCUGCUGGCUGGCUUCAUGCUCGGCACCCAACACAGAUUCUCACCAGAACAAAUCAGCAUACAGGCAUCAAGUGCCCUCGCAUACAUAAUAUUCGAAAUGGUCCUUUAUUUGAUGACCCUCUACAUCACCAACACGGUAACAUCCCUGAAGACUUUGGACUUGCUUGCUUUCUCUGGAUAUAAAUAUACUACGAUGAUCGUCAGCUUAUUAGGAGCGUUGCUGCUGGGCAGUAUGGGGUAUUACUGCAGUCUUCUGUAUUGUAGCAUAGCGCUUUCGUACUUUUUGGUCAAAACACUACGGCUACAGUUAUUAUCAGGGUCCCAAGGACCAGAACAGCCACAAUACGGAGGUUACCCGAGCAACUAUGGCAAUCCCAAUCCAUAUGUCGACAACUGGGCUAAACCAUCCGGCAGUGGGACAAAGAGACGAGUUUACUUCCUGCUCUUUGUGGCAAUAACCCAACCACUGCUGUCAUGGUGGUUGACAUACCACUUGGUGCCGUCUGAGCCAUCAGUACCAGUGGCUCGAUAGCGAGACAAAAUGACCCAUGAACGUGCAAUGGGUUAAUCUCACAAGUGUCUGGAUUCAGUUUUAGUGCAGUGUUAUUAUAAUGUGUCAACAUUCACACCAAAAGUUUUUAUAAUGUGUAGUUUUGGAUAUUUUUAUUGGCUUUGAAGUAUCUUUGAAGUUUUUUUUUAAAGCUGAUUUUAAAAUUCUAAUAUCUCAGAAGUUAUUUGGAAAAGUGAAGAAAUUGUACUUAAAAUAUUGUUUAUUACUUGAAAUAUAUUAUGUAUGUGUUUACAGAAUAUUCUUAUCUCUCAGUAACAAGUAACUUUAUUUAAAGUAGAGUAAGAAAAAAUGGAGUGUAGAUUAUUAUUUCUAAUUGUUUUUCUCUUUGACAUAUUACUAAUAAUUCUAAAACUAAAAAUGAAUUUGGGCACUUUAAAGAAAAUUAACAUGAAAAUCACAGAUAAAGUAUAUAUAUAAUUAAUUUUAUCUGUCGUUUUUUUAUGUGAUAAAAAUACAAUUUACUUGCCAGCAUUUUGGUAAGAGUGACAAACAGAAAAAAAACUAAAUUAAAAAUUUUAUACAAGCCAGUGUUGGUACUCUGAUCCAAACGAUAUUGUAAUAAAAAUCGUGUAAUAAUUUUGUAAAUAAUAAAUUACUGUAAAGAGAUGCGUAAUUUAGAUUUUUUUUACAUAAAAACUGACAAGCUUAUCCGAGUUUCUGUUCUUAACUUAUGAGGCUUCACUUAUGUGAGUUAUUUUCCGUCUUGCGUGAAACAAAGUGUGUAAAGUUAGCUAACGUUGUUUAAGUGGAAUGGCAUUUAAUGAAACAAGUCCACAUUUAUAUAGCAACAAAAAAAAGGUAAAAAUAAUUUACAGAAAAUGGCUUUUCGUCAAUUUAAAUUGCUUAAGGAACUAAAUGUCUAAAUAGUUUCGUGAGAAAAUAAAACUAAUUUGAAUAUUAUGGAUAAAUUUGAUAGUCCGACGCAUUUUUUUUUUUUGUUUCUUUUAAACACCGCACUCAACGACCACCAGUAGGAUUUUCUCCUAUGUCGGGGAUCCGGAAAUACACUAUACACGAGCACAAACACACAGACCACGACAAACAUCUAUAUGGCCAAUACAAAUGUCUGUCGUGAGCGGGGAUUGAACCUGCAACAGCCAGUGCUGUGACUGGUGCGCCAACGCGUCAAAUUUGAAAAACCUGGGUUAAUGAUGAAACUCAAGUAGAAUUUUUUCAAAACGUCGUAGAUUCAAAGCCUAGCAUCACUAUAUUCAGCUAACAAGAAAAGGAUAGUUAAGAAGUCUAUGUUUCGAGACAAUAUUAUUAGAUACACCUCCGCAAUAGAGUAACUGGACUUGUGGGGGGAUGUGACAGUACAGUAGAGCACUAUCCAAUACGAUUAGACAUGGGGUAAAAUUAUAUAUGCAAAGGCGUAGAGUUUAAAAACAAAAAAUAUUUUAUGACUUAAACCAAACUUGGCUGAAUUAUUGUAAUAGAUAAAAAAAUAGGCUUUAUUAAUUACAUUAUUACAUAAAAAUUAACAUUAAACCUACAAGUUUCAUUUGCAUAAUUUUGUCUUAAAUAUACCUUCUUUUGUCAAUCCACAUAAUUAAACACUUAUCCUUUGUAACGAUAUUUUGAAUUUAUGAAAUAUGUAAAAAUAUGAUUUAACAUAAAUAGUUCUGUAUUAGAUAUUUAACGUUUUGUAACUAUUUAUAGUUAUUCCUAAAGGCAGGUCCAGGUGUGAUUGUCAAUCUCCAACUAUUUGUACUUUAUAAUAAUCAAAAUAAAAAAUAACUUUUACAUA